UCACUUAAAGAGCGGCAGAGCGACUUCCAAAAUUGCUUAAACACUGACUCGUCUGAGAAGGAAAUGCUUUGCAAACAUAACUUCCGCUAACACGCAAUACUUUUUCGCUGUCAUGAUGUGGCUGCCUUACAGAUGCACCUCAAAGUACGCAGUUACCGUCUUCAGAUCUUAUUUCCAUGUUUUGAGUCGAAGGAGAUGUAACAUAACGGCGUUCAUGCCCGAGGCUGCGGGCUUUGAAGGCGCGUCGAACCGCUCGGCCCUGCAGGAGUUUUCCGUCUCCAACAGUGAGAGCUUCUGGGCCGCUGUGGCGAACAAGAGACUGAGCUGGAUCCGUCCUUUCCACACGGUCCAAGACUGUGAUCUGAGCCGAGGCAUGAUAAAGUGGUUUGAGGGAGGAAAGCUGAAUGUGUCCGUGAACUGCCUGGACCGCCAUGUGCACACCUGUCCUGAGAGGGUGGCCCUGAUCUGGGAGAGAGAUGAACCGGGGUCAGAGGUCAAGGUCACCUACAGGCAGUUACUGGAGAUGACAUGUCGCCUGGGCAACCUGUUAAGGCGGCGUGGCGUGAAGAGGGGGGACUGCGUCACCAUCUACAUGCCUCCUUGUCCUCUGGCUGUGGCGUCCAUGUUGGCCUGUGCCCGUAUCGGUGCAGCACACAACGUGGUGUUUGCAGGUUUCAGUGCUGAGGCCCUCGCAGAGCGAAUCAGAGACGCCCAGUGUAGCACCGUCAUCACGGUAAACCAGGGCGUCAGAGGGGGUAAGGUCUCCGAGCUGAAGAAGACAGUGGAUACAGCCGUUCAGAGCUGCCCGACAGUACAGCAGGUGUUCGUUGCCAUGAGAACAGAGAAUCCGCUCGCCAUGACAGCCAAGGACGUUGCCAUGGAAGAGGAGAUGCUGAAGGAGGACACAGUGUGCGAGCCAGCUGCCAUGGACAGUGAGGACGUCUUGUUCCUGCUUUAUACAUCCGGCAGCACGGGGAAGCCCAAAGGACUCGUCCACACUCAGGCUGGAUACCUGCUGUAUGCUGCACUCACUCACAGGUACGUCUUCAGCUACCAUGACGGAGAUGUGUUCGGCUGUGUGGCAGAUAUUGGUUGGAUAACAGGACACAGUUACAGUGUCUAUGGGCCCCUGGCCAACGGGGGAACCACUGUCCUGUUUGAGAGCACUCCCAUUUACCCUGACCCAGGAGUCAGGACACACUCAUCAUGUGUGUCAUCAGCACACACACCUUGUUACUGUCAAGAUGAAACUGUCCUCAUCACCACUGGGCAGAAUGAAAAGCCCUCUGGUGUUAGUCGUAACUUCUCAGGAAGGUACUGGGAGAUGGUUCAGAGACUUAAGAUAAACCAGUUUUACGGGGCUCCCACAGCGAUACGCCUGCUGCUCAAGUACGGAGACCAGUGGGUGCACAAAUACGACCGCUCCACCCUCAAAACUCUUGGCUCUGUGGGUGAGCCCAUCAACACUGAAGCGUGGGAGUGGUACCACAGAGUGGUUGGGGAAGGACGCUGCCCUGUGGUGGACACCUGGUGGCAAACAGAGACAGGUGGCAUCUGCAUCAGCCCAAGGCCAUCAGACCCUGACGCAGAGAUUGUCCCAGGAAUGGCUAUGAGACCUUUCUUUGGCAUUAAGCCCGAGCUCAUGGACCCUGAGGGAAAAGUGCUGACUUCCAACCACACAUCCGGAGCUCUGUGUAUAGCUCAGCCUUGGCCUGGUAUGGCCCGAACCAUUCAUAACAACCACCAGAGAUUCAUUGAGACCUACUGUCAGCCUUAUCCUGGUUACUUCUUUACUGGUGAUGGCGCCUAUCGCUCUAAGGAGGGGUAUUACCAGAUCACCGGCCGCCUUGAUGAUGUCAUCAACGUGAGCGGUCACAGGAUUGGGACAGCAGAGAUAGAGGAUGUAGUCAAUCACUGCUCUGCAGUGGCCGAGUCUGCUGUCAUAGGAUACUCUCAUAACAUCAAAGGACAAGGUGUGUAUGCCUUUGUGGUAAUAAAAAAGGGUGUGGACGUCCAAGAGGCAGACCUGUCCCAGCUAAAUGACAUGGUAUCUAAAAAGAUCGCCAAGUACGCCUGUCCAGACUGCAUCCAG